AUGACCCAACCAGCCCAACCAGAAGACUCUGGAGACGAAGAUCCUGUCAAUAUUUUCUUCCAUGACCCCUCCUGGCCAACACCUUGGUCACACCUUGAAUUCACAGGUAGUGACACGGAGCGUUACAAGCGCUGGCGUCAGCAGCCCUGGUUCAAAAAUAAGCAACGCUCCUCUAUGCGACUACUCCGUCGCGCUUACGGCAAAUGCUGGCCCUGGGGCUACUUCAUCUACCGCACAGUCUACACCCCCGAGUCUGAUCAGGUCUGGUCUGCCUGUCUGGAGAAACUCGACCGCUAUGUCCACUGGGAAAUUGACCGCGUUGAUGGUGACCGGUAUUCUGAGGCCGACGACCAGGAUCUUGGCUUCCCUGAGAAGCUUGUCCAUGAGUCAUACAAAAAUAUUGUCCUUGAGGACAAGGAACGCUGGGACGGUGCAUCAAUCGAGCAGAUCCGGAGGGAUUUCAAAGACCUUGUUGCGUCUCGGGGUGCUGAGAUUGGGGACGUUGUUCCGCGGUAUGCAGUCUGUCUGGUCAUUGAUCAGCAUUGCCUGGAUUCGAUCAUGCGUGCUUUUGAGGAUCCAGAAGAGAGCAGGCAUGGAGGUGGGCCAGGGAAAGGAUUCAUUCUCAUGAUUGAUCCUGACAAGGAUGUAGGUGGAUGA